AUGAGCCUCGCGGGCUCCGCCCUGGAGGCGGCGUUACAGGCGGUGGGGCGCGGCCUCGACGCAGCUGGAGACCACCGGAUGCUCUACUGCAAGGGAGCCGGAAGGCUCGUGGCGCUCGAGGAGGACCGUGCGCGGGACCUCCCGCUCCCCGACGGCGGCGUCCUCCCGAGCGUGCCCCCCGACGUCGAGGUCGAGCAGUGCCACAGAGAAUCCCAGCGCAUCCGCAACUUCCCCUACGACCCAGGCUCCGCCGUAGCGGACGCGCCCUUCGUCUGCAGCUUCGAUAAGAUGGCCGAGUAUUUCAACGGGAAGUCAGGCUUGUCCGAGACAGUACCGCUGGGUUACUUCAACUCUCUGUUCAGCUUCACCGGUUCAUGGAAGAAUGAUGCGGCGGUCACGAAGGCCCUUGCGAUUGAUGGCUAUUCUCUGCCUCUGUUUCGAGUGAAAAUUAGGAGUUCUGAACUGACGCUGCUUGAGAGCGUUAAGCGCGCGAUCCCAAAUGUUUGGGAUCCAUCAGCAUUGGCUAGGUCAGUAGGAUCCAUUUCUGAUCAGUCCCAUUCUGUAGAACUCUUAGCUUAG